CUCCCCCAUUUCUCAUCGCCGGUCGGUUCUUUUAUUUUCCCUAUCGGCUCUUGGAGCACCGUUCUCUUCUUCCCUCGGAGACCCCAUCCGAGUUCUAGGGUUUCUGCUUUUCCAAUCGAUCUCUUGGGUUUCCUAAGACUUCAAUCCUUUUACCCAUGGCGGAGGUGGUCGACAUGCCCACCGAAGCCCUAGAUCGCCGGCGGGACCGUCCGCAGGAAAGGCGAGAAAGCCCGACUGACGGAUCUCCACCCCCGCCACCGCCUCCCUUGAGAAGAAGGGACAGGGAUUCGAGGGAGAGAAGGGACGACAGGGACGACCGACCUCCGAACAGGCGGGACGAUUACCACGACGUCAGGAACCGGUCGCCUCCACUCCCGCCGCCUCCGGCGCUCGGGCCUUCGAGGGGGGAGAGAGAUCGGGAGUACCGGAGGCGCAGCAGCCCCAGCCCGCCGCCUCACGGUCACCGCAGACACUCACCUCCCCGCCGUUCCCCUCCACCUGGGCCCUUUAAGCGGUCCCGGAGGGAUGAUGGCGGAUACGACCGGCGGCGGGGUAGUCCUAGAGGAGGCUAUGGCUCAGACGACAGAAGGUAUGGCUAUGAUUAUGGUGGAGGGUAUGAUCGAGGUGGCCCGGGAAGCAGAGGUGGGUAUGCUGAUGAAAGGCCUUAUGGCCGUCACAUGAAUCGUCCAUCAGUAAAUCAAUACUCAGAUUGGGCUGAUUCAGGACGUGGAGGUUUCGGUGAUGGAGCAGAGGUCAUUCAAAGGGAAGGAUUGAUGUCCUACAAGCAGUUCAUCCAAGAGCUUGAAGAUGAUAUUUUACCUGCUGAAGCUGAGCGCAGGUAUGAGGAGUACAGGUCAGAGUACAUUUCAACUCAGAAACGUACUUAUUUCGACACACACAAGGAUGAAGAAUGGCUGAAAGACAAAUAUCAUCCGACCAACUUAGUGAUGGUUAUCGAAAGGCGGAAUGAACAUGCAAGAUCAACUGCAAAGGAAUUCUUGCUUGAUCUGCAGAGUGGAACAUUGGACCUGGGCCCAGGAUUAACAUCCCCGGUGGUAAGCAAAUCUGGAAAUGGUAGUGAUCCAAACUCUGAGGAUGAAAUGGACUCUAGUGGCAAAAGGAGAAGGCAUGCUAGGGGCCCGGCAAAAGAAAAUGAUCUGGUUUCAGCUGCUCCCAGAGCUCACCCCAUUAGUUCUGAACCUCAAAGAAUUCAAAUUGACAUAGAACAAGCUCAGGCACUGGUCCGUAAACUUGACACCGAGAAGGGUAUUGUGGACAAUGUUUUAUCCAGCAGUGAUCAUGAUAAAUUGGAUGGAGAGAAAUCCCAUGGUGGAUCUAUGGGGCCAAUUAUAAUAAUACGAGGCCUGACUACUGUCAAGGGUCUUGAGGGUGUUGAGCUGUUGGAUACCCUAAUUACUUAUUUGUGGCGUGUCCAUGGCAUAGAUUACUAUGGCAUGUCUGAGACAAAUGAGGCCAAGGGCCUCCGGCAUGUGAGAGCUGACAGUAAGAGCUUUGAUGGAUCUAAUACCAGUGGAGCUGAUUGGGAGAAGAAACUUGAUUCACUCUGGCAGGAAAGACUGUGUGGCUGGGAUCCCCUGGAAGUUUUGACAGCCAAGGAUAAAAUUGAUGCUGCAGCAGUUGAGGCUCUGGAUCCUUAUGUGAGGAAAAUAAGAGAUGAAAAAUAUGGUUGGAAGUAUGGCUGUGGAGCCAAGGGCUGCACGAAGCUUUUCCAUGCUGCUGAGUUUGUUCAUAAGCAUCUUAGACUCAAACACCCUGACCUUGUGGUGGAGCUGACCUCAAAAGUGCGGGAAGAUCUGUAUUUUCAAAAUUAUAUGAAUGAUCCAAAUGCACCUGGUGGAACGCCUGUCAUGCAGCAAUCUGCACCGAAGGCCAAGGCACCAAGACGCAGAUCAGUUUUAGAUAACCGUCUUAGAGAUGAACGUGGCAACCGUAGGGAGCAUGACAGGGCUGAUAGGGAUGAUGACAGGUAUGAUAGGGCUGAUCACUCACCAUCCCAUGAUGCAAAUGGUGGUGCGGAAGGGGGGAGUCAUGAUGAACCAAUGUAUGAUGCAUUUGGUGUACAAGGGCUGCAUGGAGGUCCUUUUCCUGCCGAUAUUCCCCCUCCACCAGUAUUGAUGCCUGUACCUGGUGCUGGUCCAUUGGGACCUUUUGUUCCUGCACCACCAGAAGUUGCCAUGCGCAUGCUGAGGGAGCAGGGUGGUCCAUCGUCAUUUGAAGCAAAUGGUGGCCCUCGUGGUAGGAAAGGAUUGCUCGGUCCACAAGCGGGUGGUUCAGCACCAAUUCUUGCUGUACCUCCAGCAUUUCGGCACGAUCCUCGUCGCAUUCGAAGUUACCAAGACCUCGAUGCCCCAGAGGAUGAAGUUACUGUUAUAGAUUACAGGAGCUUGUAGACUCUUCAUUUGCUGUUAUACUUUGGAAGCAUAUUUGUAUCAUAAUUGAGUAAAAGCUCAAAAGCAUGCCUGUAGUCUAAUUGCGAUUGACUUCCUGUAGUCUAAUUGCAAUUGACUUCGUUUGAUGGAUUUAUGCACUUUUGUACCAUAGCUAUGUGAGAUCCUUUGGUCAUGCUCUUGUAUGCUGCAGGAAGAGGUGACAUUAAUAAAUAUAAUCUGAUCAGGAUUCUUGAUGUGUUUGCAUAUG